CGUGGUUACACGACGUGUAUUCUAAGCAAUAUCCAAAUCGGACGGUGGUAAAAAGAAGACACACGGUAACCAAUUAAAUUCAAUUCCCUAAUCCUUUUCGUUCCCGUCACCGCCGGGAUUCUCCGUCGCCGAGAAGAGUGUUGUUAUCAGGAUCAUGGAGGAAGGUUGCAGCUGCAUUUACUCGAGGAUGGCCUCAAGAUUCAGCAUUGGUUUAUUGAUGAUUUUGGCAAUCGUUCUUCUUAUGGUUCGUGUACUCUAUGUUAUAUACCGGUGUGGCAAACCUCUUCCAAAAGGAGUUUCACAGUCUUUUACUACUCUUAUUGUUCUUGGUUCUGGGGGACACACGGCUGAGAUGUUGAGUCUCCUCUCUGUUUUGCGGAAGGACAGAUUUACACCAAGGUUUUACAUUGCUGCAGCUACUGAUAACAUGAGUCUCCAGAAAGCUCGUAGUUUUGAAGAUUCUGUAGCUGAGAAGCCUGCUGUUAAGGAAGCAUCAUCACAGUUCAUGCAAAUUUACCGGAGUCGUGAAGUUGGUCAGUCUUAUGUGACUUCUGUUUGGACUACCAUUGUUGCUAUUGUUCAUGCUCUGUGGCUAAUGAUCCGGAUCAGACCACAAGUGAUUCUUUGCAAUGGUCCUGGGACCUGUAUUCCUCUGUGUGUGAUCGCUUUCGUAUUCAAGGUACUGGGAAUUAGAUGGUCAUCAAUCUUUUAUGUUGAGAGUGUAGCAAGAGUGAAAAAGCUCUCAUUAAGUGGAGUGUUACUUUACAAGUUGAGGAUAGCUGAUCAGUUCUUUGUUCAAUGGCCACAAUUGCAAAAUAAAUACCCUCGGGCUCACUAUGUUGGGUGCCUGAUGUAAGCUGAUUGGAACUCUCCUUACACCUAGAUAUAUUACAAAAACUUAGAAAGCUACAUAGUGUACACCUUCUCUUUAUAUGCAGGAUUGAGUUUUAAACAAUGAAUUUUUGUAAUCAGCUGUUCUGACUUUGUUAAUGACUUAAUGCCAUUUCAGUGAGCUUAUAAUGUGGUUUUGGUAAUCUUAUUCCAAA